AUGGCCGGCUUCGCGAAACUCACACCAGCCUUUACAGCCAAGGUGCCCGGCCAGGAGGCCAUCUCCUCCGAGGCGGGCUACUCCACCUCCCUGAAGGGGACCUGGGUCCACGGCUCGGACUACAUCAAGACCGAUGCGGAUGGCGGCAAAUCCCGCCUCGAGGUAGACAGCCUUGUCAAGGACACGGCGACGGGCGGCCUGGUCCGCUACAGAUACACGGGAGUUGUGGAUAUGUCGGGCCCCGCCGGCAAGGUCCUGAGGGGCGAUGCGGAUGCGGCUACGACGGAGUUUGGUGACAUUUUCACUCACGUCAAGUUCGAGACGGGCCAUCCGGGGCUCAAGGUCCUGGAGAACAAGGUCUUUGUCGGUUCUGGGCGCUUCAUCCUGGAGGCAGGGAAGCCUGUCACUGUCGAGUACAAGAUCAGUGAGGUGUCGACCUGA